UCCUUAUAAUAAUAUCCAUCCUUUCUCAAACCUCUGCUUCACCCUCCUGUCUUCCCUCCCUGUGUCUGUCUCAACCCUCGUUUUGCUUACACAUUUACACCAUUUUCAAGGGAAGGCUUCACUCAUCUUCUUCCAUUGAAGAUUCAACUUCUUAUCUCUCUUACCCACCUCCAUUCAAGCUUCAAAAUACUUAAAAAUGGCAGCUUUUACUGCUCUAUCUAUCUGUCCUUGCAUUCGUCCUAGUCUUGUCAAACACUACAUUUCCUGCUCUGUUGCUCCUGUUUGUUCCUUAGGUACUAAUGCAACAAAAGUACCACGCAAAAGAUAUGGAAGACUUGAAGGUGCUAGCAAAAGUAUGGAAGAUUCUGUAAAGCGAAAAAUGGAGCAGUUCUAUGAAGGUUCCACUGGUCCGCCUCUACGUGUUCUACCAAUUGGUGGCUUGGGUGAAAUUGGGAUGAACUGCAUGCUUGUCGGUAAUUAUGAUCGAUAUAUUCUGAUAGAUGCUGGUAUUAUGUUUCCAGACUUUGAUGAAUUUGGUGUUCAAAAGAUUGUACCUGAUACCACUUUCAUUAAACGAUGGAGUCACAAAAUAGAAGCAGUCAUUAUCACACAUGGACACGAAGAUCACAUUGGUGCGUUGCCUUGGGUUAUUCCUGCCUUGGAUCCAAGCACACCAAUAUUUGCAUCCUCUUUCACCAUGGAGCUCAUAAAAAAGCGUUUGAAAGAAUUUGGAAUCUUUGUCCCAUCUAGACUAAAGAUGUUUAAAACGAGAAGGAAAUUCAAGGCAGGGCCAUUUGAAAUAGAACCCAUCAGGGUUACCCACUCAAUACCUGAUUGCUGUGGGCUAGUUAUGCGCUGUAGUGAUGGUACAAUUUUCCACACUGGUGAUUGGAAGAUUGAUGAGACUCCAGUGGAUGGGAAAGUUUUUGAUCGUGUUGCAUUGGAGGAACUCGCAAAGGAAGGAGUUACAUUAAUGAUGAGUGAUUCAACAAACAUUAUGUCUCCUGGGAGGACUAUUAGUGAAAGUGUGGUGGCAGAUUCACUGCUGAGGCAUAUUUCAGAAGCCAAAGGAAGAGUGAUUACUACCCAGUUUGCAUCAAAUAUACACCGCCUUGGAAGUGUCAAAGCAGCCGCAGACGCCACUGGUCGUAAGUUGGUUUUUGUUGGAAUGUCCUUAAGAACGUAUUUGGAUGCUGCUUGGAAGGACGGGACGGCACCUAUUGAUCCAUCUACUUUGGUUAAGGUGGAAGAUAUUGAUGCCUAUGCUCCGAAAGAUUUGCUGAUUGUAACUACAGGCUCUCAAGUAAGUAAUAAGAUGAUCGACAGAUUCUACUGGCACUACUAUUGUAUUUCAUUAUUCAAUUCUCUGACUUGUUUCUGGCAUAUAACUAUACGGUUGUGUCAGGCAGAACCACGUGCUGCUCUUAACCUUGCUUCUUAUGGGAGCAGUCAUUCCCUCAAAUUGAGCAAAGAUGACGUUAUAUUAUAUUCCGCAAAGGUCAUACCUGGAAAUGAAACUCGGUGUAUGAAAAUGUUCAAUCGCAUAGCUGAACUUGGAUCGUCCUUAGUUAUGGGAAGAAAUGAGUUGUUGCACACUUCUGGUCAUGGGCAUCGCGAGGAAUUGGCGGAAGCACUGAAGAUUGUCAAGCCACAACAUUUUCUCCCGAUUCAUGGUGAGCUGUUAUUCCUGAAAGAACACGAACUCCUCGGAAAAUCAACCGGUGUUCGGCAUACUACUGUGAUAAAGAACGGAGAAAUGCUUGGAGUGUCUCAUUUGAGGAAUAGAAGGGUCUUAUCAAAUGGGUUCAUUUCUCUGGGCAAAGAAAAUUUACAGUUAAUGUAUAACGAUGGUGAUAAAGCGUUUGGCACAUCUGCGGAACUUUGUAUUGAUGAACGGAUGAAAAUUGCUACAGAUGGAAUAAUAGUGAUCAGCAUGGAAAUUUUACGGCCCCACGAGGUUGAGGGUUCCACCGAGAAUUUCUUGAAAGGGAAGAUAAGAAUAACUACACGGUGUUUAUGGCUUGAUCAAGGAAAGUUGUUAGAUGCACUGUACAAAGCUGCAUGUGCGGCAUUGUCAAGCUGCCCUGUAAACAGUCCUCUUUCGCAUAUGGAGAGGACAGUUUCUGAGGUAUUAAGAAAAGUAGUGAGGAAGUACAGUGGAAAAAGACCUGAAGUAAUUGCUAUUGCUACGGAAAAUCCUGCAGCAGUUCUUUCUGAAGAAGUCAACGGAAGGCUAUCUGGAAAAUCAAAUAUUGGCUUUGGUAUAUCAGGAUUGCGAAAGGGAUUUGAUGGGCAUCUUCAGAGGAAAAAGGCUAGAAAAGUACAAGAUGAGGAAGACGAUGCUCAACUGUCUAUAAAUGGCACCCCAGAGCCCCUGUCAGAAGACGGUACUGAAAUUGAUCGGCUACUUGUAGCGAAUGAUGUGUCUGCUUCAGCUUCAGCGUCAGCUUCAGACAUUGAAGCAAGCUCUGAUUCAGAAUCUGGGGAUUCAGAGGAUCUUUUGAAACUGUUUGCAGAUUUUUCAACCCUGCCAACGGGUAAGCUAGACAAAGCUGGAAUGGGUGAAGAAAUUAGUCAAGAGGAAUUUGAUAACACGACAAAUCAUUCCUCUACACCUUCAAAGUCAACCAAACGGAAUAAAUGGAAGCCUGAAGAGGUUAAAAAGUUGAUAAUGUUGCGUGGAGAGUUGCAUGAAAGAUUCCAAGUCGCAAGAGGACGUAUGGCACUAUGGGAAGAGAUAUCAUCGAGUCUUUUGGCUGAUGGCUACACUCGAACACCUGGACAAUGCAAAUCUUUGUGGGCUUCUCUAGUCCAAAAGUACGAGGAAAGCAAGAGUGACGAGAAGAACAAGAAAAGCUGGCCUUAUUUUCAAGAGAUGAACGCAAUACUAUCUAGUUUGGGGGAGAUCGUUAACUCGUGAAUUCACAAUUCUACCAUUUCUCAUACACAAGAUUGAUUUCCGAUUGUUCUCCGAAUUUCGGCUUUGAAGAUUGACCCUUUAAAAGGAAUAGUUUUUGAUGACAAAUGUGCUGCAAAACAUGAUGGCUGGUGUUGACAGACGGAGCAGCUGGCUGCUGGGUAUCUUAGAUAUGUUAUGAAUGGCUCAAAUUUGUACAGAAAAUAGGAACGAUAUAGAUAUUGUUCAAUUUUGACAGUGUAUUAGCAUCUUUCAAUGGGUUACUUCCCCAAUUUCUACUCUUAAUUUUCUCCAACCAAAAAAAAAUGAAGUCAUGCAUUGUUCUAAAA